CUUUUCUGAUCUGAAGCUGAUCACUAAGAGAAGACACGUCAGGCUGCUCAGUGUAGUGGGUGUGAACGUUUGCUGUUGAAGAGAAGUUGAUCUGGAAGCUGCUGACUGAGUCAACAGAGGCUGAACACUGAGGAGACAUGGAAGCUGUGAUCGGACUGUUGCUGAUGAUACUCGGAGUCUCUCAUGGUGUCGAAACCUACUGUGAUGGCCGACAGAAUGGAGCUCAGUGUUAUGGAGCUUUGGGAGGAACUGUGGUCCUCCAGCUGAUGGACAAUGCCUCAGAAAUAUCUAGAUACACAUGGUCAAUCAAAACAACAACCAAAACAGAUACAAGAACAACAACAACAAUACUCAUAGUGAUAAAGAAUGUGAUUGUGUCUAAUACGAUAGCAAACAGAUCCUUCUUUACUCCCAGUAAUGGAACAUUUAGGAUCAACAACCUGAGCUGGACUGAUGGAGGUGAAUAUGAACUUGUAAUCUUUGAUUCAGACGGAAAGAUAUCAGAGCAGCGGACUCUACAGUUGACCAUUCAAGCUCCUGUGUCCUCUGUCCUGCUGGUCUCUGAGUGUCUGUCCCAGGGAGAGAUGAGGGUGUCCUGCUCCUCUGAGGGAGGGGACAGUCCUCAGUACAGCUGGACUCUGGAUGGACGCACACUGACAGACGCUGAGCUCCUCUCUGGAAAUACUGAGACUAACAACAUCACUCUGAAACAAAAGGUCUCAGGACGACUGGUCUGCUCAGUCAGGAAUCAAGUCAGUAGGAUAUCUACCUGUGGAUUCACAUUUAUUAACUGCACUUUACCCAAUGGGAUGCGCAUGUCAAAGUGGGUGUUUGCAGCCAAUAACAACCUGUGUAUUGAACCAACAACAGCUCCUAACACGAGGACAGAAACUGUGGAUCACUCCCUGCUCAUAUGUGGUGUGCGAGCAGCUGUGGUGGUUCUUGCAUUAAUUGGGAUCACCGUCUAUUUUGCUUGGAAGAAGAGGAAAUACAAGAUGGUCCGUCGAAAGAUGGAACAUCAAGAGAACUCUGUUGUGAUGGUUGAAAUGAGAAGUUGAACUUUAACUCUGUGAAUCCACCACCUUUAACGCUUCUGUCAUGUCGCGCUCCACUCUAUUCCUAUGGGUGACGUCAAGCGACUUCAACGUGCACGCAAAGCAUUCCGGGAAGGCGGUGCUACAUUUGAGAAAAUGUAGCCCGUCAAAAAGCUGGCCGAUGCCCAGCUUUAUGCAAAUGAAUCCGUUGAACGCGACGCGACUAUCCAGUAGAAGUAGAGCACAAAGGAGACGGGGAGAACAUCACUUCUCCCUGACACAACAUUCCACGCUGGACCUGCCCAUAGCUGUAAAUUGAGGAACCCCCAUCAACGUACAAAUGAGGGGAGGCGUCGCGACACCACGCGACAGUCGUGUUGCAAAAGUGGAUCUGUACCGUCAAAAGCGGCUAGUGUUGAAGUUAAAAAAGUUAAAACCAUGCUUAUGUUUUGAAAAGAAUGUACUUUCUAGAUUUAAUCAGAUAACUACACUAAUUAGCAUUUGUCUGCCUCACCCCAAACUCAAGCUUCUAAAGAAUCAUCAGGUCUUGUCUGACAUUUAGCAUAUUGGAAAAGACUCAUUGUCCUCACAGAAAAGGUAAUUUGUUCCUGCUUUUUGGGGAGCCACUCCCUGCUGGGCCAGACUUGAUUAGAAAAAGGAAAUGCAUAUCUCUGUAAACUUAUCGGCACUACCAUGAUAAACAACCUUUGUCUGGGAACUGGAGUAAACCUGAAAUCAGAGGUGUGUCUUUAACCUGGGACAGUUUCCAUUCAAGGAAACACCCACAAUUCGACAGGAAUACAAUUCUGAUCCUGAGAAUGAUUCAGGACUGCGGACUGUGACCCCACAAGCAUGUCUUGCAGUCCACUGCUGGCAGUGUUUUCAUGUUUUAUGUUUGAUUGUUUUUGUCAUGUUGUUUUCAUCAUGCUGUUUUAUUAAA